UACGUUUCUUCCUGUCACGGCUUUUCUCGGAUUCUCUCUCUCACUCUCAAUUGAAAGAGAAUUCUCGCGAUUUCGGAUCUGAGCGAGGAUGUCUUACGCUUAUCUCUUCAAGUACAUAAUCAUUGGAGAUACGGGAGUGGGAAAAUCAUGUCUUCUUCUGCAGUUCACUGAUAAGCGAUUCCAACCAGUUCACGACUUGACCAUUGGAGUUGAAUUUGGGGCCAGAAUGAUUACAAUUGACAACAAACCAAUAAAGCUGCAAAUAUGGGAUACGGCAGGCCAGGAGUCCUUUCGGUCAAUUACAAGGUCCUACUACAGAGGAGCUGCUGGGGCACUGCUUGUCUAUGAUAUAACAAGGAGGGAAACUUUCAACCACCUUGCGAGCUGGCUUGAAGAUGCAAGACAGCAUGCAAAUGCUAACAUGACGAUUAUGCUGAUUGGGAACAAGUGUGAUCUUGCCCACAGAAGAGCUGUCAGCACAGAGGAGGGUGAGCAGUUUGCCAAGGAGCAUGGAUUGAUAUUCAUGGAAGCCUCUGCAAAAACUGCUCAGAACGUUGAGGAGGCGUUCAUAAGCACUGCUGCGACAAUCUACAAGAAAAUUCAGGAAGGGGUCUUUGAUGUAUCCAAUGAGUCUUAUGGAAUCAAAGUCGGAUACGGAGGCAUCCCAGGCCCCUCGGGAGGGAGAGACGGCACAGUUUCUCAAGCAGGAGGGUGUUGUACUUGAAAACCAAAACAGGGAAGAAAAAAAGAACAUGACAGAAUACUGCCACUGCUGUUUCUUCUAUGUCGGACCCUCUCAUCCUGCUUUAUUCUGUGGAUUAUCUGAAUUCAGUUUUUAGCUCUUUGGAUGGAUUCUGAAUAUGGAAUUGUGCAAAUAUUAGUAGAUAUCUUCUUUGAUUUGCUUUGUACAUCUCUCACAGCGUUUGGAAAUCUCUAUUCGGUCAAUUGUAUUUCUGUGUGAAUAGAACAUGAAUUGUGUGAACUAUGUUCUGCAUCAAAUCUGAUAUGUCUGAGUUCUUUUA